UGGAUUUCCCAUUCACCUCACCUCACCUCCCAAUAUAUAUGUAUCCCUGGCUGCAACAACACUACGACCAACUCACACGUAGUACAUAGGAGUAUAUACAACGGGCAUCUAGCUAGCUGGUAAUAGUAUAUCGAUCGAAUCGAUCCAUCGUUAUGGGGUGGUCGGCGCUGCUGCUGCUGUGGCUGCUCGCUCUGGCGUUCAGGGCGGACGCGCUGGCGGCCAACUGGGGCACGCGCGCGCUGCACCCGCUCCCCGGCGACGUCACCGUGCAGCUGCUCAAGGACAACGGCUUCGACAAGGUGAAGCUCUUCGAGGCCGACCCGGCCGCGCUCAAGGCGCUGGGCCACUCCGGCAUCCAGGUCAUGCUCGGCCUCCCCAACGAGCUCCUCGCCACCGUCGCCCGGGACGUCGCCGCCGCCGAGCAGUGGGUGCAGCGCAACGUCUCCCACUACGUCUCCGACUACGGCGUCGACAUCCGGUUCGUGGCCGUUGGCAACGAGCCGUUCCUCAAGUCGUACAAGGGCCAGUUCGAGGCGGCCACGCUCCCGGCGGUGCGCAACGUGCAGGCGGCGCUCGUCAAGGCCGGCCUGGCCCGCCAGGUGCGCGUCACCGUGCCCCUCAACGCCGACGUCUACGAGUCGCUCGACGGCCGCCCCUCCUCGGGCGACUUCCGCCCGGACAUCACGACCCUCAUGACCAGCCUCGUUCGCUUCCUGCUCGACAGCGGCGGCGUGCUGGCCAUCAACAUCUACCCCUUCCUCUCCAUGGACGCCGACGCCAACUUCCCGCGCGACUACGCCUUCUUCCCGGCCCCCGGCGCGCCCCCCUCCCAGGCCAGCGUGCAGGACGGCAACGUGCUCUACACCAACGUCUUCGACGCCAACUACGACACCCUCGUCGCCGCGCUCGAGAAGCACGGCCUCGGGAACAUCACCGUCGUGGUGGGCGAGAUCGGAUGGCCCACCGACGGCGACGCCAACGCCAACGCCGCCGGAGCGCAGAAGUUCAACCAGGGCCUCUUCGACCGCAUCGUCGCCGGCAAGGGCACCCCGCGUCGGCCCCAGAUGCCCGACGUCUACGUGUUCGCGCUGCUGGACGAGGACGCCAAGAGCGUCGACCCCGGCAACUUCGAGCGCCACUGGGGCGUCUUCAACUACGACGGCUCGCCCAAGUACGCGCUCCGCCUCGCCGGCGGCAAGGGCAUCGUGCCGGCCAAGGGCGUCAGGUACCUCUCCAAGCAGUGGUGCGUGCUCCGCCCCGACGCCAGCCCCACCGACCCGGCCAUCGUCGGCGCCGUCGGGUACGCGUGCCAGUACGCCGACUGCACCAGCCUCAGCCCCGGCUCCUCCUGCGGCGGCCUCGACGUCCGGGGCAACGUCUCCUACGCCUUCAACCAGUUCUUCCAGUCCGCCAGCCAGCAGAAGGGCUCCUGCGGCUUCAACAACCUCUCCGUGGUCACCACCACCGACCCGUCGCGGGGGACCUGCCGCUUCAAGAUCAUGAUCGACACCGGCCGGCACGACCUCACCCACCAGGACGACUCCGGCGCCGCCAGGGCCGCCGCCGCGUGGGGCGCCGUCGUCGCCGUGCUCGCAUUGCUCGCCAUCGUCGCACUCUGACCCUCCCUCCCUCCCUCCCUCUGACAUUGACAUUGAUGAGGACACGCGCGCGUGCUCACCACCUCAACAACUGGCUAGCCUAGCUAGAGCUGGAGAGGAAGGAUCAAACAAUUCUUUCAUUCUUUCCUUCUUCUUCUUCUUUAUACGUAUAUCGGCUGUCAAUCAAGCUCCCUGAUCGAUCGGCAAGGAUUAGAAUUGUAUAUUUGUAGAUAAAUAUGUAGUUCAACGACGUUCAGAGCAUCGGAUCAGGAGUGUGGCACAAAGAUCCUAGCUACAUCCUCCUCCGACUAAUAAUAAUAUAAUAUGGAACAUAGAAAAUGCAAGGAGUUGUGUAAAAA